AUGAGCGAACUUCACUCGAUACCGCCGACCAGUGAUUUCGCGAAACACUUGAUUUUGGUAGUAUUUUCGACGCACAAUGCAACAAGUGAGACGACGACGAUGUUGACGACAACGACGAUGGUGGACGACGCUGGUUUCUAUGUGCAGAAUACGAGCAACGUUGACUGGGAAAUGGUAGAGUUCAUUUAUGUUACGAGUAUCGUUACUUCCCCAUCGCAGGUGUUCGCCAUCGAUAAUACAAUGUUCGGAUCCGUCGUGUAUCUGGCAUUAGUAUUAUUUUCGCCGACAACGGCUGCAUUUUCCUUCCUCGGUGCUCUCGUCGGCUGCCUCGCAGGCUUGGAGCUCGGUGUAGAAUAUGGCGAAAUCUACAACGGGUCUUGGGGUUACAACAGUCUGCUGACUGGGGCCGCCUUGGGAGGAAAUCUGUUAGUGCUGAAUGGCCAGACGACCGUUGCCACUGUCGUGGCGAUCGUUUAUACCGUGCUCGUGCAAUAUUGCGUGCAAUCUGUAUUUACGAAAAUGGAUUUACCGAUAUUGACAUUGCCGUUCGCCAUAGUUGUCUCAUUGUUCUUAAAGCUGAGAAGCAACAAGAACAAUGCAACGUUUCCACAGCCCGUGUCGGUCUCCUGUCCUGAAAAACAGCAUCACGAUUAUCUCGAGAGUCGCUCGGCACACGUUCAAGCAGUGGAUAUUCCAGGAGAAGCUGAUUUUGAGUUUCAGAAUUGA